AUGUCCUCCUGGGACGACGAAGACUCUGCGGCGGCGGCCGAGGCGGCGGCCACGGACGUGGAGCUGCUCAAGCGGGCGUGGCGCAACGAGAAGGCCGCGCCAGAGAUCCUCCGCUUCGACUCGCCCCUCGUGUCCCGCGUCCGCGAGCAGAUCCAGCUCCUCGUACGCUUCUCCCUCUCCGUCUUUCUUCUCGAUCGCGUUCCCCCACUCCACCCCCCUCCUGCGGCUCUGGAUCUGACCGGGGUUCCCUCUCCCGGUGUCGUGUCGUUCCAGGAGGAGACGCUCGACGACUUCGCCGACAGCGGCGUCGACGACCUGGUGGUCUCGCUCUACCAGAUGGACCUCGACCGCACGCUCUUCCUCCUCCGCUCCUACCUCCGCCUCCGCCUGCAGAAGAUCGACAAGUACACGAUGCAUAUCUCCAGGUCCGACGACCUCCUCAGCCGCCUGUCGCAGCAGGAACGCCGCUUCGCCAAGAGUUGCGCGGAGAUCAUGGAGAAGCAUCUGGAGCAGUCGGUGCUGUCCAAGCUCCCGUACGGGUAUGACUCGGUUACCAGGCAGUCGUUGUCCAGCACUGAGGAUGACACGGUGCCAGAGCCUCAGCUUGACACCUUUGUCUUCUGCAAGACCAAGAGUGACGUAGGUGCAUUCCAGCUAGAUGACAUCACGUCAAAUUUGACAAAUGGCAAUGAGGAUGUACUAGCUAUUAUUAGUAGUACGCACGCAUGGUCGCCAUCUGCAGUGAUACUAUCCGACAGAUUCUGGUCAGUGGUCACACAUGAAGAGGCCAUUGGAUGGUUAGAUAUGAAGCCUGGCAUUAGCACGUCUAAGUUACUAUAA